AUGCCUCACGACUCUGCUGCAGCAGCGCCGCGCGAUGCCGCAGCGGGGGCCCCCGCUGCGGCUGCUGCUGCUGCUGCUGCUGCUGCUGAUGCUUUUAAAGCUGCGGCCGCUCCGCUCGCAGGAGCAGCGCAGCCCGCUGCAGCAGCAGCACCAGCAGCUGCAGCGCCGGCUGCAGCAGCACCUGAAGCAGCAGUAGAUGCUUCGAUUCCAGCAGCAGCAGCAGCAGCAGCAGCCGCAGCAGCAGCAGCAGCUACGCGGCCAACGGAGGGGCAGCCUCUGCUGCUUGGGGCGCAUGCAGAACCCAGCGCCCACAUCUUAGCAGCAGCUCCUGCUGUUCCUGCUGCAGCAGCUCCUGCUGUUCCUGCUGCAGCAGCUCCUGCUGUUCCUGCUGCAGCAGCUCCUGCUGUUCCUGCUGCAGCAGCUCCUGUUGUUCCUGCUGCAGCAGCUCCUGCUGUUCCUGCUGCAGCAGCUCCUGUUGUUCCUGCUGCAGCAGCUCCUGGUGUUCCUGCUGCAGCAGCUCCUGCUGUUCCUGCUGCAGCAGCUCCUGCUGUUCCUGCUGCAGCAGCUCCUGCUGUUCCUGCUGCAGCAGCUCCUGCUGUUCCUGCUGCAGCAACUCCUGCGGUUCCUGCUGCAGCAGCUCCUGGUGUUUCUGCUGCAGCAGCUCCUGGUGUUCCUGCUGCAGCAGCUCCUGGUAUUCUUGCUGCAGCAGCUCCUGGUGUUCCUGCUGCAGCAGCUCCUGGUGUUCCUGCUGCAGCAGCUCCUGGUGUUCCUACUGCAGCAGCUCCUGCAGCAGCCCCAGCUGCAGCAACAGCAGCAACUGCAGCAGCACCAGCUGCAGCAACAGCAGCAACUGCAGCAGCACCAGCUGCAGCAGCACCUGCUGCAGCAGUACCGAAUGCGCCAGCACCAGUUGUGGCAGCACCAGCUGCAGCAGCUCCAGCUGUGACAGCAGCAACAGCAGCAGCACCAGCUGCAGCAGCACCAGCUGCAGCAGCACCAGCUGCAGCAGCAGCAGCAGCAGCACCAGCUGCAGCAUCACCAGCUGCAGCUGCAUCACCUACAGGGGCAGCAGGCGCAGCAGCACCAAGUGCCGCAGCAGCGGGCGCAGGAGCAGCAGCAGCAGCAGCAGCAGGGGCUGGAGGGUUUGGAGCCCCAGCAGCAGGGGGGCCUGCAGCAACAGCAGCAGCAGCAGCAGCAGCAGAACUGAGUCAGCGUUUUGCUCUGUUUGGUGCUGCAGUUGCUUCAGCCCAAAGGGGCCUCCAGGGCCUCUUUGCUUUCGACAGCAGCAGCAGCAGCAGCAGCAGCGAGAAGGGUUUGGCUGCUGCUGAAGAAGCAGCAGCAGGGGCCCCCGGGGGGCCCCCGGGGGCCCCCGGGGGGCCCCCCGGGGGCCCCGGGGGCCCCGGGGGGGCCCCCGGCGCGCCUGCUGCUGCUGCUGCUGCUGCUGCUGCUGCUGCGCUGCUGGGAGCAGCACAGGGGCCCCUCAAACCCCUCGGGGGGCCCCUCCAGCUGCCGCAUGCAUCUUAUUUGCUGCAGCAAACCCGGCUGGGGGCCCUCUUGGGGGGCCCCCCUCUUUCUUAUUAUGAAGACCCCACAAGACUUCCUCCGCUGUACCCUCACCUGGCCCCUGUCCAUACACCUGGCUUGUUUGCUGCUGCGCGGCUUCCCGCUGCUGCUGCUGCUGCUGCUGCUGCUGCGGACGCUGCUGCCGUUCCCGCGGCGGCGCCUGCUGCAGCAGCAGCAGCAGCGGCCGCGCCGCUGCUCUCCCACCCCGCAGCAGCAGCAGCAGCAGGCCCUGCUGCUGCUGCAGGCCCUGCUGCUGCUGCUGCUGCUGCUGCUGCUGCUGCUCCCGUUUUCCCGUCGACUUCGGAGGAGGGCGGGGAGUGCGCGGGCAGCAGCGCGUCCCCCGCGGCGCCCGCAGCGACUCCCGCAGCAGCAGCAGCAGCAGCAGCAGCAGCAGCAGCAGCAGCAGCAGCAGAGCCUGCGCGGGCCCCCGGCGAGCCGCUGGAAAGCCUGGCAGCGUGGUACCGGCGGCGGUACGGGAGCGGGGGCGGGCUGGCGCUGCCAGCAGCAGCAGCAGCAGCAGCAGCAGCAGCAAGGGACUACCGGUCCGUUUUUGCUGCUUUGAAGAAAUUCGAAGUUUUUGCUGCUGAAAGGAGACACAGCAGCAGAGAGGCUUUUGCUGAAGACCAGCGCUUUGUCCUUUCCGACGUGCUGCGCUCCUUCUCUCCUUUCCAAGUCCUCGCCAGGGCCCCCCGCGGCCGCGCAGCAGCAGCAGCAGCAGCAGCAGCAGCAGCAGCAGCAGCAGCAGCGGCAGCAGCGGCGGAGGGGGGCCCCGAGCGACGCUCUGCAGACGCCAAAGAGGGGACCCCCAAGGGGCACGAGGCGGGGGGGCCCCCGGGGGGGGGGCCCCUGCAGGCGGGCCUCCCAGGGGGGCCCCCAGGGGGGCCCCCAGGGGGGCCCCCAGGGGGGCCCCCAGGGGGGGCCCCCCUGAAGGGGGAGGAUGCAGGGGGGCCCCCCAGGGGGGCCCCCCCGGCUGAAGGCCCCAAAGAGGGCACAAUGAGUCAAGAGGUGAAGGGGGAGACAAUUGCGGAAGUUGGGGCGGAAGCAGCAGCAGCAGCAGCUGAGGGAAGUGCAGCAGCAGCAGCAGCAGCUGCUGCUGCUGCUGCUGCUGAGGGGGGAGCGACUCCUGCUGCUGCAGCUGCUGCGGCAGCUGGCGCUGACGCGAACGGGCCUGCUGCUGCUGCUGACGGGGACGCAGCGCCUGCGCAGGCUGCUGCUGCAGCACCGGACCCAGCAGCAGCAGCAGCAGCAGGAGCAGCAGCAGCAGCAGCAGCAGCAGCAGAAGCAGCAGCAGGAGCAGCGGAAGCUGUAAAGGCAAUGCCGAAGUCCGAAGAGAAGGCGGGGGUCCCUGGGGAGCUGCCCGCCCCUGCUGCUGCUGCUGCUGCUGCGGGCGCGCCCGCCCCUGCUGCUGCAGCAGCAGCAGCAGCAGCAGCAGCAGCAGCAGCAGCAGCAGCGCGGCCGCGCAAACGGCGGCGGAAGCAGCAAACUGAAGGGUUUGUUGCUGUUGAAGAAGUGGUGAAGUCUUUGCUGCCUUUUCAUUCUUUUUACAUUUCCGACUUGCAGGCAGUUGCCCCAGAACCAGAAGGAGAGGAGGAGAGACAGCUGCGGCAGCAACGGGUGCAUGCGCUCUCUGCUGCAGCGCGGCAGGUGUCCCUCGCAGCAGCAGACCCUUUAGCAGCAGCAGCAGCAGCAGCAGCAGCAGCAGCAGCAGCACCUGGGGGAGCCUCAAAAGGAGACUCUGCAAUUUGGGACUACUUUUGCUGCCGCAGCUGCGCAGACGCAAUCGCCCUGGCCUCGCGGGCUGCGCGGGCGGAGGCCCAGCCUGUGGGGCCGCGGGCUUCGCUGCUGCCGGUGGGAGCAGCAGCUCCUGCUGCUGCUGCUGCUGCUGCUGCAGCAGCAACAGCAGCAGCAGCAGCAGCAGCAGGCGGCCUGCCCCCAGCAGGGCUUUCCGCGGGGGCCGGAGCCCCCCUAAACGCAGCCCCAGCUGCGGGGGCCCCAGGGGGGGCCCCAGCAGCAGCAGCAGCAGCAGCAGCAGCAGCAGCAGCAGCAGCACAGUCCUCCCCUACUUCCCGCGUCUCUUCUGUAGAGCUCUUCGGCUCCAGCGAUGAAGAAAACAUGUCAGCAAUCAGCAGCAGCGUGGUGGGGGGCCCCCUGGGGGCCCCCCUGGGGGCCCCCAUGGGGGCCCCCCACCUGGCCCCUGGGGCGCUGCAGCAGCCAGGGGGCCCCCUGGGGGGCCCCCCACAGCCCAAACACUUGGCCCCGGGGGCCCCACACCUUCCAAGACCUGCAGCGCCGCAGGGGGGCCCCCCCUACCCUCCAAACCCAGCAGCAGCAGCAGCAGCAGCAGCAGCACAGGGGGCUGUGGGGGCCCUUCCCGGGGCCUGGGGCCCCAGGCAGGGCCCCCACGGGGGCCCCCAGAUGGGCCACCUGGGGCCCCCGACGGGGGCCCCCCUGGGGCCCCCUCACCCGCCCAUCCGCCGCUAG